UUUUUAACUUAAAAAACAUCUUAAAACAAAAAACUUACAUAAGGAUUUAUUAACCCAAACUCUAGUUAACUAAGGUUUACUUUCAUCUUUAGCCAUUUGGAUUUUUAUUAAAAAAAACACAAAACUUUGCUUGCUGAUUAAAUAAUAUUAUAAUUACAAUAAUAAUAAUAAUAAUAAUUUUGAUGGUUUUUUUACGGAAACCAACCAAGUUAAUCAUCUUUUAAAUCAUCUCUUCUUUGGCCAAAAAUCUCCAAAAACAAAAACACUAACAAGAUGCUAAAACACGUACAAAUCUCACCUUUACGCAAUCGUUCAGAUUCCGUUUCCAUGCGUUCCAGUACCUCUUGUGCCUCUUCUAUGUGUGGCAGCCCCGAGCCGCCCAGCGAUUUACAAAGAACACCAUCACGAGCCAGCAGUUAUUCUAGUUUAAAUGAACAAUUGCCUCAGACAACUAUUAAAGUAUUUACCAGCUGUUUGAAAAUUGACAUUGAAUAUAAGACCUUGGGCAUACAGUGGGAUACCACUAGCAAGGAUGUUAUUAUGCAGUUAUUGAGACGCUUAAAAAUGCGCCAUCGUGAUCCCCGUUUAUUUUACUUAUCCAUGGAGGUUUCUGUAAGACGAGCUGGUGUUAAAACGAUUUUGGUUUUAGAUGAAGAUACCCGACCCGCCAUAUUGCAAGCUUGUCAUCCUAAAGGCGAGUCUCGCUUCUGUUUACAACUCAAACCGGGUGGUCUUAUACGAGUUCACACCUCAGCCUUGCAACCCUCUUCACAAUAUAAGUCGUUGGUAAUUUCCGAAGAGACUACUUCAGAUGAAUUAUUACAAUUGUUGUUAUCCUGUUACAAUUCCAUGGAACCUGUGGAACAGUUUUCCAUAUAUGAGGUCUGUCCCGGUCAGGAGUAUCAACGCAAAUUACAUCCCGAUGAUAUACCCUUACGCGCCCAAGCUGAACGUGCCAAACGUGGAGAAACUUGCCAUUUUUUGGUACGCCGUAAUCCCAACUAUGCUAGACGUCGCCAAAUUUUAAAUGCCCUCGAUGAGGUGGUCAAAACCUAUAAUACUGCCUCUUCAACCUCCACAUCUGCCCAACAUAAUAAAUCUUUUGAUACCGAUAGCUCACUUUGCUCUCUGGAUGAUAGCUCUAGUUUAUUAGAUGUUUCCAUGGAUUCUUUAUCGGAUGAUCUGCAAAGUUUAAUGACUAGCGAUGAUGAUGAAUGUGCCUCCUCAACAUCUGGUUCUUCAGAUACUUCAUCGGAAGGCUCGAAUAGUAUCAGAAGAACACCCUCUACCCUGACCAUGGUUAAACAACCCUCAGAGGUUUGUUUGCAUUGUCAAAAUAACUACAAGUCAUGUGAUUUUUGUCAUAAAAAUCCCAAUAUGAACAUGUUAAUGCGAACACCUUCCUCCUUACAUAAUAAUGCUAAAAGCAAUAACUCUCUUUUCAAUACCUCAUCCUCGUCCACCUCCUCCUCCUCGAGUACCCUGCCUACCUAUAGUCCGGUUUAUAAUAUACGUGAAAUCCGUACUGCCACCCACUCCUUUUCAUUUCUCGGUAAUGAUAAGAAACUUUUGGAUAUCGAGUUAAAUGGACGUUUUGACGCCACAGCUUGCCGUCUAAGACCCCAAAGUGUUUACAUGGGUCGUACUUUGCCACGCAUGAUUAUGGAUGCUACCAGCACUUAUGAGACCACCUCGGCCGAUGAGCUACUUUCCCAAGAUAUUAAUGGUAAUCAUAAAGUUAGUACGGCCUCGGAAAGUUCUACAGUAGCGGCGGAAGCUGUUAAUAAUAACCCUGCCAAGGGUUUGGGUCAUUUUGUUUAUAUAUAAGUUUGAUAGGGGUGGGAGGGGCUUAGGCCUAUUAGAGUCCAGUAUUUUUUGUAAAAUUUUUAAGUUCAAGUAUUUUUUGUUGUUGAUAUAUGUUUUAAAGAAUAGACGCUUUAUUAUGGUAGAAUAUGGCCAAAAUAAGAUAUAUUCUAAAAAUAUCUGAAAUUUCAAGGCUUCGAAAUAAUUUUUAAGAAAAUUUGUUAAUUUUUUAGAAAAAUUGACGCGUGAGUUUUAUUUAUUAUUUUAGAAAAUGUAUCGCUGACGUUUAAUUCUUUGAAAAUGUGACGCUUGCGAUUAACUUUUAUAGAAAUUAUGACGCGCGGUAUUUUUUUUGGAAAAUUUUGACGCUUGCGAUUUAUUUUCUUAGAAAUAUUGUCGCUUGUGACCAAAUUUCAUAGAAAAUUUUUCAUUGUCGUUUAUCUUUUUUAAAAGAUAUUAAGAUUGCGCUUAAUUUUUAUUAAAAUUUUUUCACUCGUAAUAAAUUUUUUUCUUAAUUUUGACGCUUGCGAUUUAUUUUUAUGGAAAAUUUGUCGCUAGCGUUUAAUUUUUAUGGAAUAUUAUCAUUUGCGUUUAAUAUCUAUAGAAAUUUUGUUAUUGGUGUUUAAUUUUUUUUUAGAAAAUUUGUCGCGUGCGAUUAAUUUUUGGAGUAUAUGACGCUUUUAAACAAUUUUGAAAAGAAAUUUGUCGCUUGUGCUUAGAAUUCUUAGAGAAUUUGUCGCCUGUGAUAAAUUUUCAUAGAUAAGUUGUCGCUGGUGUUUAAUUUUCAUAUAAAUUUUGACGCUUGAAUUAAAUUUUUAUAAGAUGUUUGUCGCUAGUGAUAAAUUUUCAUAGAUAAGUUGUCGCUUGUGUUUAAUUUUCAUAGAAAAUUGUCGCUUGUGUUUAAUUUCCGUAGACAAUUUGUCGCUUGUGUUUAAUUUUCGUAGAAAAUUUUUCGCUUGAAUUAAAUUUUUAUAAGAAGUUUGUCGCUAGUGAUAAUUUAUCAGAGAAACUUAGUCGCUUGUGAUAAAUUUUAACUGAAAUUUAUCGCAUGUGAAUAAUUUUCAUAGAAAUUAAGACGCUUGUGAUAACUGUUAUAGAAAAUUUGUCGCUUGUGAUUAAUUUUCAUAGAAAAUUUGUCGCUUGUGUUUAAUUUUCAUAUAAAAUUUGUCGCUUGAGAAAAAUUUACAUAUCGCUCGUAUUUAAUUUUCAUAAAAAAUUUGUCGCUUGUAAACAAUUUUCAUAGGAAAAUUGUCGCUCGUGCUUAAUUUUCAUAGAAAAUUUGUCACUUGUGUUAAAUUUUUAUGAAAAAUUUAUGGAAUGCAUUUAUCUUAUUGAAAAUUUAUCGCUUGCAUUUAAUUUUUCAGGAAAAUUAGUCGCUUGUUUUAAACUUUUAUGGAAAAUUUAUCGCUUGCUUUGAAUUUCUAUUAACAAUUUUUCGUUUAUGAUAUAAUUUUCAUAUAAACUUUAUGUCUUGCGUUAAAAUUUUAUAGAAAAAUUGUCGCUGGCGUUAAAUUUUUAUAUAAAAGUGUCGCUUGCGUAAAUUUAUUUUAGAAAAGUUGUCGC